AUGGGCGGACGGCCCUCAAGCCCCCUGGACAAGCAACAGCAGCAGCACCUGAGGGUCCAGGUGGACACCUUGUUGAGGAACUUCCUGCCCUGCUACCGCAGGCAGCUGGCAGCCUCGGUCCUGCGGCAGAUCUCCCAAGAGCUGGGCCCCCAGGAACCAGUCGGAUGUCAGCUGCUGCGCAGCAAAAAGCUGCCCCGAGUCCGGGAGCACCAAGGGCCCCUGACCCAGCUGUGGGGCCACCCACCCCAGUGGCAGCCCAUCUUUUGUGUCCUACGUGGGGAUGGCCGCCUGGAAUGGUUCAACCACAGGGAGGAAUAUGAAAAUGGGGACCAUCCCCUGGGCUCCACGGCCCUGACAGGGUACACAGUCCUAAUUUCGCAGCGUGAAUACCUCCACCUGUUGGACACUCUCUGCCCAGGCUCCUCAGGAGACCAUACACAGGAAGAGCCUGACCCCCUCUUGGAAACGCCUGUUAGUUUCCCUCUGUUCCUGCAGCACCCCUUCCGCCAGCACCUCUGUUUCUCUGCAGCCAGGGGGGAGGAGCAGCGUGCCUGGAGGCUAGCCCUGCAGGGCGGCAUCCGGCUUCGAGGCACUGUCCUGCAGCGAAGUCAAGCCCCCGCCGCCCGUGCCUUCCUGGACGCCAUACGGCUCUACCGGCAGCAACAAGGCCACUUUGGCGACGACGAGGUGAUCCUAGGCUCGGACGCCGAGGUGCUGACCGCGGUGCUGAUGCGGGAGCUGCUGCCAGCGCUGAGAGCCCAGACCCUGCCCGGUCUGCGGGGGGCCGGUCGUGCCCGGGCCUGGGCCUGGAUCAAGCUACUGGACGCCGUCCACGCUGAAGUCCUGGCCGGGGCCUCCGCUGGGCUCCGCGCCUUCCAGCCCGAAAAGGACGAGCUGCUCGCUGCCUUGGAGAAGACGAUCCGCCCAGAUGUUGAUCAAAUGCUGCGGUUGCGGGCGCGCGUUUCAGGGAGGCUGCAGGCCAAGGUCCAGGGCCCCCUCGAGUCGUGCCUGCGCAGGAAGGUGGAUGCGCAGCUGUCCCGGGUCACACAGACGCUGCUGAGUACCGUGGAAGCCGCACUUGCGGCGGUGCAGACCCUCCUAACCCAGGGCAUGGACUGCUUGUCUCGCCACCUGCGUGGUAGCGCCUCCAGCACCCGGCUGCGGAAGGAGGUUUACUCCUUUGGGGAGAUGCCAUGGGACCCAGAGCUGAUGCAGACCUGCUACCACGAGGCUGAGCGGAGCCGGGGGCGCCUGGGGCAGUUGGUAGCACCAUUUGGCUUCUUCGGCACACAGAGCCUGGUGUUUGGGGCCCAGGAUCUCACACAGCAGCUCAUGGCUGACGCCGUGGCCACCUUCCUGCAGCUGGCUGACCAAUGUCUGACCACAGCCCUGGACUGCAACCAGGCCGCCCAGCAGCUGGAGAAAGUCAGGGGGCGGGUGCUGAAGAAAUUCCAGUCGGAUAGUGGCUCAGCGCAGAGGAAGUUCAUCCGUGGCUGGCUUCUCUGCAUCUUCUUGCCCUUUGUAUUGAGCCAGCUGGAGCCGAGCUGCAAAGCGGAGCUGCCUGAGUUCGAAGGGGACGUCCUUGCUGUGGGCAGCCCUGCCCUGACCAUGGAGGGCAUUUACGAGGAUGUCAUCAGGGGGGUCCUGCUGCAGAGGAUCAAUCGCGAAUUGAAAAAUGCCCUUGGUGCCAGCAACAUGUCUUGCACUCUGGAUAGCUGCUCGGAGGCUCCAUGGGACCAGGAGAAAGCAGAUGUGGAAACUGAGACUCGGAGAGGGGCUUGCUCCAGGCAACCAGGCUCCAGCACCGAGGUCUAGCCACUCUGCGCACUGCCUUCUCCAGGGACAUUCCAGAGCUGAAGCUUUGCCCACAUUCAUCUUCAUUCUCAAUGGAUAAAUGUCUACUAGUGGAAUUUCUGAGUCAAAGUAUAUGUACAUUUCAAGGCUCUUAUAAUCCCCACACAUCCGCCUUAGUCCUCUCCAGAAAGGCUGUGCCUUUUAACACUCCCACCAGCAGCAUUUUUGCAUAUUCUCCUUUCUAAACACUAGGACUUUUCAUAAAAGAAAAAACUGCCAAUUUGAUAGAGACACAGAGUGCAUUGUUUUAUUUUAAAUUUCUUUGAUGACUACAUUGAAUCUAAAAAUAUGUUUAUGGGCCAUUUAUAUGUUUGUGUGUUUCUAUGUUUUGUUUUAGUGAAUUGCCUGUUCAUAGAGUUUACCUACAUUUCUCUUCAGGAGA